UCCAAGUCCAAUCCACGACCAUGGCGACCAAGCAGAGCCUCCUCGCUGCCUCCGCCGCGUGCAUCUCCCUCCUCCUCCUCCUCACGUUGGCAUCCUCCCUCACCGCCUUCGAAUUCUGCGAUAAGGGCAAGGACUACCCGGUGAGGGUGAGCGGCGUAAAGAUGGUGCCGGAUCUAGUCAUCGGCGGCGAGCCAAACUUCUUCACCAUCUACGCUUCCACCAAUAAAACCAUCACUCAGGGGAAGCUGGUUAGUGCUAUUACGUGUGGGUCCUUCCAUGUUCACUCUGAAGCGGAAGACAUCUGUACACUGACCUCCUGCCCCGCAACUGCUGACUUCGAGGUUACUCACCAGCUAGACAUGCCAUCAACCGACCCAAAU